UAAUUUUAUUAUAAAAACAUACAUAUAAGAUGAUGGGGAGUUUUUCAUCGCCAGUGCCUUUAUCGGACAUCGAGUCCGUCCUCGCCUGGGUUGACACCUACAAACUGUCGAGACAAACGAAGAAAAUAGCAAGGGAUUUCUCUGAUGCUGUGCUUCUCGCGGAAAUACUUGGCGUACAUUAUCCUAAGCUGGUUGAAAUGCACAACUAUCCACCACGGAAUAGUCAGGCGCUCAAACUUAAUAACUGGAUGACUUUAAAUAGAAAGGUCUUGAAGAAGUUGAAAUUGACCCUCUGCACUUCGACAAUGGAGCAACUGGCAAAUAGUACACCUGGGGUUAUUGAGAAAGUGCUUCUAAUGGUUCGUGAUAAGAUCCAACGUGAUGAAGAGGCACACAGAAGUCUCAAAGAUUCAGAACAGAACCUCUCCAGCGGCGGGAGCUACUAUGAAGCGUGCGGUGAUGACGAGAACGUACUGGUCGUACCAUUGAAGACGAGAGUCAAUGGAUAUCUAGAGACUAUACAACAAAAGGUAGUCAGUCAUCAGUCCUAUCUCACGCAGAAACAAGAACUUAAAGACGCUAAGGAGGUUAUAGAUGUUUUAAAACAAAAGGUAGAACAUCUCGACAGUUUGGUAAAACUGAAGAAUGAAAGAAUAGAAGAUCUACAAAAGCAAUUAGAAAGAAAACAGACAAGACGCAAAGAAGUCGAUGCACUUCAGAAUAAUUUACAAGUUCCUUAUGAUGUUUCUACACCACCUUCUCCGAAGGAAGACGAUAUUCUCUUACCAGUGAAAUUAUCGACCACUAAACUUGUUGAUAAUAAAAAUUAUAGACUUGAAGAAUCUAAAAUACCAAUAUCCAAAGACCUUGCGAAAUCUACAUCUAGGUUAUGUUCAGUCAGUCUUGAAGAUAAUGUUGAAUCUAAUUUGAGAAUUGAUAAAAUUAAAUUAGACGAUUUUAAAGAAAUAGAAAUAAUUGAAAUGACUGGAAAAGAUAUACAAGAUGUGGAUGAAUUUAAAGAUAGCGUUGGUGAAAUAAUUUUAGGGGCUGAAUAUAGAGAUACGAAUGAAUACAUGUAA